GGAGGGCUGCGGACAUCCCGGCAGCUGAAAGGGUACCUGGGCCGCUUCCGUGCUGUCCGUCUAAGAUGGAGUUCCUCCUAGGGAACCCGUUCAGCACACCAGUGGGGCAGUGCCUCGCUCUGAGGACAGUCCAUGGCACAUCUCAGGUCCUGCGACCUUGAGUAAAUGGCACGGGGACCAUGGAGUUUUCCUUUUGCCUUAAAGUUCCAGAGAAAACUGCCUCGCAGUGGUCUGCAGAAAAGGCCACAGAUGGCUCCUUGCAGAGUGAGGACUGGACGCUGAACAUGGAGAUCUGUGACAUCAUCAAUGAGACAGAUGAAGGGCCAAAGGAUGCCAUUCGAGCCCUGAAGAAGCGGCUCAACGGGAACAGGAACUACAAAGAAGUGAUGCUGGCAUUAACAGUGCUGGAGACAUGUGUGAAGAACUGUGGCCACCGCUUCCAUGUCCUUGUGGCCAACCGAGAUUUCAUUGACAGUGUUCUGGUCAAAAUCAUCUCUCCCAAGAACAACCCUCCUACCAUUGUACAGGACAAGGUGCUCGCUUUGAUUCAGGCAUGGGCAGAUGCCUUUCGAAGCAGUCCUGACCUCACCGGCGUCGUGCAUAUAUAUGAGGAGCUGAAGAGGAAAGGGGUUGAGUUUCCUAUGGCAGAUUUGGAUGCUCUGUCUCCCAUACACACACCACAGCGGAGUGUCCCUGAAGUGGAUCCAGCUGCCACCAGGCCCAGGUCCCAGCCGCAGCAGAGGACCAGUUCCAGCUCCUACUCCUCGCCUCCUCCUGCUCCCUACUCUGCUCCGCAGGCCCCGGCGCUGAGUGUGAGCGGCCCCAUCACAGCCAACUCAGAGCAGAUCGCCAGGCUGAGGAGUGAACUGGACAUUGUCCGUGGAAACACGAAAGUUAUGUCUGAGAUGCUAACGGAAAUGGUGCCUGGGCAGGAAGACUCGUCCGAUUUGGAGUUGCUCCAGGAGCUGAACAGGACCUGCCGGGCCAUGCAGCAGCGCAUCGUGGAGCUCAUCUCCCGCGUGUCCAACGAGGAGGUCACUGAGGAGCUGCUGCACGUCAACGACGACCUCAACAACGUCUUCCUUAGAUAUGAGAGGUUCGAGCGAUACAGGUCUGGCCGAUUGGUUCCAAAUGCCAGUAAUGGAGUGCUGAACGAAGUGACCGAAGACAACCUCAUAGAUCUGGGGCCGGGGUCUCCAGCCGUGGUGAGCCCAAUGGUGGGGAGCACGGCACCCCCAUCUUCCCUCUCAUCCCAGCUUGCUGGCUUGGACUUGGGGACCGAGAGCGUCAGUGGCACCCUCAGUUCACUCCAGCAGUGUCACCCUCAUGAUGGCUUUGACAUGUUUGCCCAAACAAGAGGGAACUCCUUGGCCGAGCAACGCAAGACGGUUACCUACGAGGAUCCCCAGGCUGUUGGAGGACUUGCCUCUGCCCUAGACAGUCGGAAACAGAUCUCCGAAGUGAUCCCCGUUGCGCAGCCCUCUGUCAUGGACGACAUUGAGGUGUGGCUCAGGACGGACCUGAAAGGCGAUGACCUGGAAGAGGGCGUCACCAGUGAAGAGUUUGAUAAAUUCCUUGAAGAAAGAGCCAAAGCUGCUGAAAUGGUUCCCAACCUUCCCUCACCCCCUGUGGAGGCCCCAGCCCCGGCCUCCAACGCCCCCGGCCGAAAGAAGUCCGAGCGAUCAGAGGACGCCCUCUUCGCCCUGUGAGCUGGUCUUCGGUUUGGCUCGGCGGAUGGCAGGUCCCUCUUAUCUCUAGCCACUGGCCCCUCCUCCUGUCCCCAGCCCCCACAAGGCCCUAUGGCCCUGCACUGCUGUCUCCAUGGAAAUGCCGCUGUAUUUGCUUCCAGGCCUCCCACUGGUCAGGACAGCUUUAGCCACCUUUUCUCUAGGUGGUAGGUGGUGGGACAGUAUCGCUGUGGCUGGAGGGGCCCCUCCCACCCACAGGCCCCCUCUGCUCAUGGUCCCUUCCAGGAGAAUCAGACAGUAGGGCCCAGCCUCAGGCAAGGUCACCUGCCCACAGAGAAUGGGGUCAGACCCUGGCCUCUUUCUCCAUAUGCCCCUGCCCCUUCCCUGGCUCAGUAGGUCUCAGUCUGGCCUGCUCUCCCCGCCCCUCUGUUUCAGAAAGGGCUUGUCUGCACCUGCAGGCUCCAUCUCCCUUCUGGGCACGUGUCACCUGGUGGCAUGUGGCAUGCUUUGCACUUUAGAAGGCUCUGUGGGGUGCCUCUGCAUGACGGCUCUCCUCUUGAACCUCUCUUUGGGACUUAGCAGCUGAGCCUGGGACCAGUGGCCCCUCUGGCCCCGCACAUUGCUGGCAUCGGGGGAGGGCAGGCCUGCCGAUUAGCAAACACUACCGAAAACCAAACUGCCCACACUACAUGCUCCCUCCUUCCACUGCCGUCUGUGGAGGGCUGCCCAGGAGGCCUUGCUCUGUGGGUUUGUGAGCAUGCUGUGCGGGGGGGCUUCAGCCUGGUCCAUGGCAGCCUCCGAGCCACUGCCUGUGGGGCCCAGCCGCAGACAACUUUGUGCCAUGCUUGGAUCCAAAGCAAAAGUAAGGUCUCUGUUCUCCUUGGCAUGGGCCUGGGCCUUCUCCACAGGCUGUUCUGGCAUCCUGAUCUCCUCCCACCCUAGGUGCCCCAAGGCCACAGAUUUAUAUUCUCUCUCCAAGCCAACCGAGACGGCUGACAGCCUGGGUUUGCCAGGGCCCGUGACACCUGCUUCCAUCCUGAGCCCUGGCUGCCAUGUCUCUGGCUGUGGGCGAGGUGCUCCGGGCUCAGCCCAAGCCAGCUUCCGCCUGACCCCUGCCUGUGCUGCUGCUGCCACCCCAAAACAAACAGGCUGUACAGUGGCUCUGCACCAUCCCGUGGUCUCUGGGACCCAGGCUGGUGCUUCGGCCUGCACUGCCCAAGUGUCAGGGGCAGGCCGGGCCAGGCUGCACGUGCUCCCACUCCACCACGAGGUCAGCCUUUCCCGCCUAGUGGCCAUGCGGGAGGAGGAGCUAGGCCGAUGCAGGUGAGUGCCGCGGGCUCUGGAGAGGAGGUCAGCCAGCCGAGGGCCGAGGCCGCCAUGCUGAACCCCCAUGGGCGCAAUUCUGGUGGCAGCAAGGUGCUGCGCACCCCAGAGCCCCAGGCCCAGCCUAGCACCAUGGCAGCUUCCUCCGGAAAGGAGGCUUUGGGAUCCAGCUGGGGUCCACCUGGCAGGACCAGCUAGAGACGUCACGCUGCAGGUCCUCAGAGGACACCCAGGGAGCAGCCAGGAGCUCUGCCAGCCCUCCACUCUCCCUCGCCCUGGCCCUGGCCAGCCCAUACCUCUCCUCACAUUCCCUGAGGGCAGAGGCCCUGAGGCCAGCCUGGGCAUUAACAUGUCUGAAGUCCGAAGGCUUGACCUGAGCUUCAGAGAAGGUGGCUGGGGUGGCAGUCAUACCCAGCAACCCCAGGGAGCAUCCCCAGCCUUUUCUUGCUGAUGGUCAGGGCUCGCCUUUUCUAGUGUGCCAGCCCGUUGCUGUGGGCAGCCGGGCAUCAGGUGGGCAGUCCUGCAGGAGCUGCAGCCCCAUGGCAGCCAUCCAGUGUGCUGCAACAGAAGAGCCAGCCUCCACCUCUUGUGGGAGAGAAAGUCUUCACAGACCAGAGUCUGAGGGGAGAGCAGGCUCCUGGCACCAAUUGCAGCCGAAGCCUGCUUCUGCCUUGGGAGACCCCAGCACAGCUGCUUCUAAUGCAUACCGGCUAUCCAGAGCUGCCCCCAGCUCUGCUGGGUAGCAGGGCUUGGUGGACUCCUGUGGGCUGGUAAGAAGGCAUUGCUCCAUACACAGUAGUGUCACCUGCCUUCCCAGCCUGGAGCCACCCCUCCUGCUUACACGUCACCUCCAGAGGCAGUCUGCCCCUGCACUGAAGCAGGUGAUGCAUGCUUGAGGCCUGCACAGGAAGCACGGAUAGGCCCAGGUGCCAGCGAGGGAGAGGGUGCCACUCAGCCCUUCCUGUCCUGAGGCCAUAGGCUCCCUGGACUAAGUCCCCUCCAUAUUCCAUCUGGGAGCAGAGCCCUCAGGCCACCUGCUUAGGACAAGAGCAGAGUCCCCUAGGAGAGUGGGGCCCUCCCAAGCUACCAGCCUCUCCACAAGUGUUAGAAAUCACAGAUAAAGUGUGCACUUAAUGACACUAAAUUAUUUCUGUAAUUCCUUAUAAGCACUAAUUAUACCUGAUUAUAGGUUAAAGUAUUUAUUUUGUCAAAAUAUUUUGUUGGGGACAUGUUUAACCUUUUGUGUGUUCAUUGUGUGCUGAGAUGUGGAACCUAACCAUUUCCCCCACCAGCCUUUCUGGAGGUGGGCUGAAGGGGCGGCGUGAGGUGCAGUCUGACCCAGAGCCCUGGUGGGCCUUUGGCCAGAGUGUCCCUGCCCAGGAUCCCAGGCACCCAGCAGGGACACCAGCUGUCAUCGGCAUGCAUGGGAUGAGGGGUUUGGAGCUAAGAGGGCUUGUUACUGGCCUGGGCUGGGGAGGGGGAGGGGAGUGGUCAUCUUGCCUGCCCUCCUGUCAUCAGCCUCACAGUUAUGAGCCCGCAGUAUGAGUGGCCAUGCUGCCUGCUCUGGCUUAUAACCCUUCCCUUGCUUACUGGGGUCCAUAGCAAGAGGUCCUAGGAGGUGUGGGACCUGUGCUGUCACUCAGCCCCUCAACUGGAAGAGUGGCAGCGAGGUCUCUUGUGGCCACUGGAGAGCUGCAGACACUGGCUCCUCUGGGGUCACUGGGGUAGAUGCCGCCUGCUGCCCCCAUUCUCGCUCCUCCUCUUCCUGCCUCCACUUCCCUAGUUCACCUCUCCGGACAGUGCUAACUCUGUCCAGCCCAGCAUGAAGUGGGGAGGUUCCAGGGAGCUGAGGGCCAGCCAGGGAAAGGUGCCCCAAAGAGCACUAGGCUGGCAGCCUGGCCUCAUGCAGCCUACCGUCUGUCUCCUGUGAGGACCUGGGCUCCUCUUCCCUGUCCACCCACAGGGGAAACAGCCAGCUUCACCAUCCAUGGCUAAGGGUAUGUGUACCUGGAAGAUGCCUCCGUGGUACCCGACUCUCCCGGUGCCUUGCCUGCCCGUGGGGCCCAAGCCAGUCUUCCUCUGUAGCACUGCCCACCUACCCCGACAACUGUCAGCCCCGGGGUCACACUGCUUCUUUCCUGGAAAACCUCCAGGUUCUCCUGGUAAAAGGAGGAUAGAUGUUUAUUUCCUAAAGUUUGCAAUUCAUUUAUGAGGGUUCUCAGGAUUGUUGGGGACUGUUGAGGAAAGGAAUAUGUUGAAUCUGUUGUUCACUCAUCCCCGAGGUCUGGUGUUUCGUCGCUGUCGUGUGUUUCUGCAGGCAGAGCCAGCUCUGGAGGGCAGGUCAGUACACCUGAGGCUCAGCACAACACCAGAGCGCCCGCCCACCCUCUGGCUCUCCUUCCAGAUAGUGUCUCUCGAGUUUGGGUUCUUGCAUGUAAAGUGUUCCACAAUAAACAAACAAACAGCUGGUUCCUCUGUGA